UCACGUGUCACGCACCUCAUCAUCACUUGCAGAGAGUGUGCGUUCGACGCCCGCCCUCGUCACUCGUGGUUCAUUCGAUUCUCUUAUGUCGUUCGAAGCUCACGAAAAGUUGAUAUCGUGUAUUGAUACUCAAUGUAAAACAAUCUCAGAAUCAAAUGAUGAAUUUACUGAAUAUGAAUCGGAGUUGGAAAAAGUCUUAAUCACUCCCACGCUGUCGAGAGCCGUCAAGCAGCAGUCGCCCGCUAUCAAUGACGCCUGAUAACAUUACGCAAAGCGAACCUGAGGUGGAUGAAGAUUUUACAGAAUAUGAAAAUCACAGUCAAAGUGAGGUCCAAACUAAAGGACUCGAGCCGGAGGAAAACGAAAGCAAAAUAGAAUCGAAAGACUUUGACGAAACCGUAAAAGUUACCCAUGUGUUGAACGAGGCUGAGUUAGAGAAUAAAUCAAAUCCUGAAGAAUCUGGUGUGGUUGAACCCCCCGUUGUAUGUCCUCAACAAGAACCUGAACAAGAAUCUGAAACUUCCAGCCAGUACACAGAUGAUGAUAGCGACUCAAGUGACACACUGGAAGAAACUUUCUGCGAUUUUCCGUCGUCCACGUACGAGCAAGCCGUUCUUCUAGCUCGGCCUCGAAGCUGUGUCAGCCAGCAGAGUUGCACUGAAUAUCAUGCAACACAUUCGCGGCCGCAAAGUGUGGAGCGUAGCUUACCACUCGGCUCACUUACACCAAGUGCGAUGGCUCACCUGAUCGAAACCGACACCGAUAGUGCAGAAGAAGCAGCUAGAACGAAAAGCGCCAUGGAAGACGACAUUAGAGGAUAUGAUUACAACUUACAAAGGGACGAUUCCACUUUCGACCUCAAGGAACUGAUGAAACAGACGAACCGAUGCGCUGCUUUUCUAUCUCCACAAGCCGACCCCACAAACCCAAAAGAAGAGGGAAAUACAGAAGGUCAAUUCGACAUAGAGGACGAAAUGAUAAACACAACGAAGCCAACAGAAAUCUCAAACGACGAAGAACAUUACGGCUUGGCUCGUUCAAAAGAAAACAUUUCAUCCAGAAUAAACGAUAGCGCCUUUGACACGGUGUCUAGCUUUGAAGACGACUUUAUGUCUUGUAUCUCAGAAGGAUCCGCUACUCCCACUGGCCGGUUGUCACCGUUCGAUCCAAACGACUGCUUGUCUGAUGCAGGAUACACAACUCCUCCCGAAGGAGACGAAGGCGUCGCUCUAAAGUAUUUCGAAACUGAAGGUCCCAGCUCGUGCGAAACUACAACAGGCGAAUUGCAACCAAUCUCUGACGUGACCUCUCAAGGCACAUCAACAGCAACAGGCUACCACACCCCACCGAAGUUUUACUACAUCAUACCACCAAAGUUUCUCGGCAAAAAGUCGGUUCAAGUGUCCGUUUUGCGAGGAGGGACCGCUUUACUUGGGUGUUCGUUGGUUUCGCAUCCUGAAGCGAAGGUUGCUUGGUACAAAGACGGUCGGUUGAUGGAUAUAUACGACCGUGUGUCCCAGGAAAUCAGUAACGAGCCGCCAUUGGAUUUGCUAGAAAGCAAUGGAAUGCAUGAAACCUCAGAUGUGGAUUUUUCUCACGUUGAUGCCGGGAAUUCACCAAGAUUGGACGUUCAUUACAUUCUAAAGAUCAAUAACGUUGUUAUGAAGGACGAAGGAUUAUAUAUUUGCAAAGCUUGGAACGUUGCGGGAGUCGCUACUAGGAUUAUACGACUCGCUGUGCUGUUGCAAAAAGACUGGAGCUAAGCUUCAAUGAAACUGGACAACUGUUUGUAAAUUAAAGAAUGCCGUGAUGGUUUUAUGUUUUAUUCACUGUCGCCUUAUCUUGCACAUAAAUUAAAAGUUUUCUUUUCCCGAUAAAAUUACCUGUUAAAUACGUCGUUAAAUUUUACUGCAUGCGUAUUAAAGCUAAUUUAAAAUACAUUUACGCGUGUUUAAGCAAAUCCAAAAGAAAAGUACACCACGUGUGUCCUUUCAA